GCUCCUUCUCCAUUGGCUCCCCCUCCGUUCUGAGCUCAGCUAUCACUCCGAGCCCAGCCUUCAUACAACACAGCUGCGUGCGCCCAACGUGUGUGUGUGCAUCCAACCCACGCUGCCUUGAAUCGGACUCGGCUUCUCACGCUGCUCCGCUCGAAGAAGAACAAGAUGGAGAAAAAGAGCGAGAUCAACGGGCACGCCAUGCCCAGCUCGGCCUCUACCGACCGGAUCCUGGAGAAAAGCGCGAAGAAGAGCUUCAGGGAGAAGCUGAUGGAGUUUCUGAGCAAGAACCUGCUGGUGAUCAUGACGGUGUCCGGGGUGCUGGUGGGCGUCGGGCUCGGGAUGAUGGUCCGAAACAUGGAUCUUACCAGGGCGCAGAUGACCUAUUUCGCCUUCCCGGGAGAGAUGCUCCUCCGGAUGCUGAAGAUGAUCAUCCUGCCUCUGGUCGUCUGCAGCCUCAUAUCCGGCGCCGCCAGCCUGGACACUCGCUCCCUGGGCAAGCUGGGUGGCAUCGCGGUCGCCUACUUUCUGGUGACCACGCUGAUCGCCUCAGGGAUCGGGGUGGCCCUGGCCUUCAUCAUCAAACCCGGGGUGGGUGCAGGAGCCCUGAACACCAACAGUCUGGGACUGGAGAGCGUCACCAGCAACAAGGAGACCGCUGACUCCUUCUUAGAUCUGGCCAGGAAUUUAUUCCCGGCAAACUUGGUGGCUGCUGCUUUCCGUUCUUAUGCUACUGACUACAAGAUGCUUGCUGUGGGGAAUGACACCAAUGGGACCACCCUCUACCAAAAGGUGCCUAUUGGUACAGAAACAGAUGGCAUGAACAUCCUUGGUCUGGUAUUGUUUGCCAUGGUGUUUGGCGUGGCGCUGAGGAAGCUGGGAGAUGAGGGGGAAGAGCUCAUUCGUUUCUUUAAUGCUUUCAAUGAGGCCACCAUGGUGCUGGUUUCCUGGAUCAUGUGGUAUAUCCCUUUUGGCAUCAUGUUCCUGGUGGGCAGUAAGAUUGUGGAGAUGGAAGAUGUGGUUCUUCUGGUCACUAGUCUGGGAAAAUACAUCUUUGCUUCAAUCCUGGGCCACAUUAUCCAUGGAGGCAUUGUCCUGCCGCUCAUCUACUUUGGCUUCACACGCAAGAAUCCCUUCAGUUUCCUGUCAGGCCUCAUCACACCCUUCACCACCGCCUUCGCCACCUGCUCCAGUUCAGCAACUCUUCCCUCUAUGAUAAAGUGUGUGGAGGAGAACAACGGUGUGGACAAACGUAUCAGCCGCUUCAUCCUUCCCAUCGGAGCUACUGUUAACAUGGACGGAGCGGCCAUAUUCCAGUGCAUUGCUGCUGUCUUCAUUGCUCAGCUCAACAAUACUGAGCUGAACGCUGGACAGAUCUUCACCAUCCUGGUGACAGCCACUGCCUCAAGUGUCGGUGCAGCAGGCAUCCCCGCUGGUGGCAUCAUUACCAUCGCCAUCAUCCUGGAGGCCAUCGGCCUGCCGACCAACGACCUCUCCCUCAUGCUGGCUGUUGACUGGAUUGUGGAUCGUACCACCACGGUGGUGAAUGUGGAGGGCGAUGCUCUGGGUGCUGGUAUCCUCCACCACAUCAACCAACAGGAGAUGAGGAAGCAGCAGGAGCAGCAGAAGCAGCAGGAAGCGGAGCUGGCGGAGGUCCGGGUGGAGGCCGUGGCCAACAUCCAGGCGGAGGAGGAGACCUCACCGCUGGUCACACACCAAACCAAAGCCUCGGCGGCCAUGCCGGAAGCCAUCGAGUCAGUCCUGUGAACUCAAAGACUUUUUCUCUAGCCCCCUGACCUUUUGACCUAUCAGUACUUCUGCUGUUGUUGCUGACGGGACAUCGUUCUGACACAGUGUCCAUCCAAAAAAAACAAGGUCACUGAUGAUUUCACUUGUGAGGAAAAACAAAGUGCCAUAGUAACAGUCUGUCUAGAGCACUGACAGUUUAUCUUGUACCUAGUGCUGCCUUUUGUGCUGUCAAAAUUCAGCCACUUGGUCUCAACAGCUGGGUUUCCAUCCAGAUAUUUUAAAGCAGAUUAGGUUAUGAUGAUUGGGGAUUAUUGCAUUUGAAAAAAUUUCCUUAAUCCAGCUAAAAAGUUUUUUUUAAAUUCUCAUUUGAGUUGGAUUUUUUUGUGUUUUUAAAAUUAUUGAUUAAGGCAUUUUGCGAUGAAAACACAGUGUGUGUUAUAUAUCCCUUAAACAUUCCCAUAAAUGUCGUAGCUCUGUUUGACUGAUACACUGUAUGAGAUGCUCACGGCCAUAAGUUUGUUCAUGAGAGCAUCAUCAGGUACAUUUCUUUGUUUUAUCUUCAGACAGCAAAUACAACGACCAACAUUAACCACAUAACACUAACAACUUGCCAAAUGCUGACAAGUCCAAGGGUCUAACACAUGCUUGACAGUGUCCGUUAUAACCUAAUUACACCUUUGGGACGUCUCUUCACUCACUUCGCUUCAGCUGGUGGAAGUGUUUGCAGUUUACAUUUGAUUUUAGCUCACUGCUUCACACUCUUUGCUGCAUGGAAACAGCAAAUUCUGCCUUUCAAAGUUAAAUCAGAUUGACAAGGAAACUGUUUGGUCCCAAGUUUCAAAUAGUUGUUUGUCGUAACUCAGAGAGGUGUUUACAAGAUGUGCCCAGACUUUUAUUUGCUGACCACUAAAGUCAGCCGACAAUGUCAAACAUUAACCCCUUCAAAUGACAGGUUAAAGAUUUGUCCUCACACAACCAGUUUAUCUGGUGACACACUGGCCCAGUAUGGUAAAGCAUUUUGAACAUUGGCCCAUUUGAAACAGUGUCUUUAGAUGUAUGCAUUGCCAUUAUGUAUCAUGCGGGAAAACCCACUGAUACAUGUUAUAUCCCCCGACUAAUCCUAUUUAUCCCUGAGUAAACAGAACACUGGGGUUAUUUACAUAACCAAGGUUCUCUAAAUCUCUGACACCACAGAAAAAGACCUCAGAAAAAGCCAACUGCACACAUAAGGCACAUAUCUUAACCUGCCUUCCUUUCCCAGUUGAUUUCAGCAUUUUCUAAACAUGCUCCUCUAAAUGGCUACACACUGAACAUUCAGAUAUAUCAGCUAACGUUGGCUGGCCUUUAAAAGUCAGAUUUAUGCAUCAUCAGUUUGAAUUAAGCGAGUUAGCUGUGCAAAUAUGUGUGAGUGUUGGCAUCUUUCUUACUAAUAACCUGCUUUAUUUAUAAAAGAAGCAUUUAGCUUUGUUGCUAUUUGAUUUUGAGAAAUAUGCUACAGAGGAGACUGUAAAAUAGCUAACAUUAGUUUGUUUGGGUCUUUGUUUGCGAGCUGACUAGCCAGAUAAAGCAAUGUUAACAUGCAGCUAUCAUUAAUGCCCUUAUUUUUUAGCUAAUGUUUGCGUAGAUAAUAUCACAUGUAAACACUAAGGUGUGCUUAGCUGACCUGAUACAUUAGUUAGCUAGCAAUUUUAACAAAAUAAACAGAUGAAGACAAAAGCUGAAGACCGCCAACAUGGCCCCCAUAGAGUGAGUUAUUUAAAGGCAUCUUGAUUAGUCCCCCAGGGUUUGAAGCCAACUUUGGUCAUGGCCAAACAGUUGAAUUACAACCUCUGAGCCCAUCAUGUGAUGCCAUUGGGCCCAAAAAGACUUUUUCUAUAGACUUAUAUUGUGAAAGAGACAUCUCUAAAUCUGCAGAUGCAUUUUUUGAGCGUCACCAUCCCUGUGAUAUGACUCAUUCCACUAUCAGGAUUAAAUCCUUUGUUCCAAUAACAAGUCCAGAAGAACCGCAAGAUUAAAUCAUUUUAUUUCCAAUCAAGUUAGGGAGCGCUAAACCAGUGGAUGUCUCUCCGUUCAAUUUUUUUGGGCUUCAUGCACCUCUGAGCAAUUUUCAUAGGAGUGAAUGAUGUCCCGGCUUCAAAGCUGUAUCCAGGUCCUUUAAUACAUCCAUGAUUUUGAUGAGCUCAUUGGAUCCUGUUAAAGACAUAGCCAUGGAACAUAAUUACAGUUAAUCAGGCAUUCGUUUGGAAGUACUGUAAACACACUAGUUUGUUGAAAACACUCCAGCCUCCCAUUUAUUGAAGAACAGAUACAGUUGUCAGGAAGGUCAGUAGUUAAGGGUUAUAAAAUUCCAGCACACCCACAAAGAACUGACUCAAAGCUUCACCAUAUGAUAAUACACAAAUACUCCCUUAAAAUGUUUAAUGAGUCUACAUAAUUCUGUUUAUCAUUAUUUUCUGAGUUGAUUUUAGAGUAUUUUUUCUGUGUGGUGUUUCAGAGGCUUGCGUCAUAAUAUAAGCCUGAAAGUUACAUGAUGUUUGUUAAUACCUGUAUUUCAAUUGUUUGAAAAGCUGAAGUCGAUCGUUCAGUUCAAACCAGGCUAUGCCACAGGCCCUGAGUCUUUACCAAACCUCUUCCUCUAUUGACAAUAGCAGAUAUUAACUCAAUGGCUGACGACUUACAGCACAUUUUUAAUUCAGUCUGUAUGAUACAUUUGAAGCUGUGGUUGCUAGAUCAUUUUAAAGGGAAAAUUAGUCAAAACAUUAUCAUGGCUCAAGUGUCGGUUUUCCUUGAUCUAGGGAUAAAAACUAUAUGGAUUUGCAGCAUGCCAUAGUUGUUGCACAUAAAGGAAACUGCCAAAUUUGUGACUAUUUAGCAGAAAGUCUCCCUUUAGGAUGCAGGACUCAACUGACAGAGAGCCUGUGCUGUCCUCUAGUGGUGGCAAGCAUUAAUGUGAAAGUAGUACUGAGGGUGAUCAUAUCGCAGAGCUAAGUUGAACCGUUUCUGUGUCUGCUGAGACACUUGAGAGUUGGCUUUGUUGAAUAAUAACUGGGAUACUAUUUCCUGUAUCUGAUCUAACAUUGAUGAGAAAAACCCUAAUGAUGAGACUGCUCCAGUCCUGUGACGUUAUACUUUAUUUUCAAGUGAAACCCACUAAGAGGUGAAGGAACAUCAUGUUUGUGAAAUAAGCUUAAUGCAUGUUGCUGUCCCCUGAUGUCUGAGACGCUCUUUAUGAAGUGAUGGUGCUGCUUUAGUUUUGGAUCACGAUUGUAUGUUGAAACUUUGUGCUCUAUAGAGAAAAUUUCGUACUCAUCACUUGAGAUUUAACAGAUGACUUUUCUAAGCUAACCACUGCUCUGUUAACCUGAAGCUUUAUGAGUAUAACUGGUACAAUCACAUGUAAUUACAUAUGAUGUGGUACAUGUACUAUAUAUAUAUAUUUGAUAUUAAUUUAUUGUAAUUGUUUUAACUUUUUGUAUUAUUUGUACUUUCUCCUUUUAACACUUUCUCUCAGUGUCAAUUUUUUUAUUAUGAUAGAAUUUUUAAUGAACUCUUCUGCCAGUGUUUCUGAUAACCUCUUGUUAGAAAUGUGAUUUAAUUCCUGUUGUGUGUUUUUGUUUUGGAAUAGCUGCUACCUUGCCUGUACCAUGUCACUGUCUAACACUGUAUGGCUGUCUCUUUGCUGUUGGUCCUGCUGUCUGUCAACAUUAAAGGUGUUUCAGUACAUUUUUCAUGCAACGCAAACACAAAGGCUACCGAUUUUGUACUAGUUAUAAGGCCAUUUUAUAAACGUUUGGUAUUACAAUUGAGGUUUAUGUCAACACAAGCUGUUUGUCUGAUUGCAUGUAGUUGAAAAAGAUGCCCUAUGAAGGCUUUUGUUGAACCAGGCCCAUUAUACAGGAAUAACUGAUGCAAUUUUAAGGGCUAAUCAUUUUUUCUGACCAUCACACAUUAGUAUAUGAUUGAUAAGGUUCUUGGUCAGUACAGUAUGAAUCAGAGAGUUCUUGGCCUGGUGCUGAUGUUUCUGUCUCGUCAAAAUGUCACAAUUUGUGCCAGAGCUUUGUAACACUUAACUCAUCUGGCAAACUCAUUCAUGCCCAGCCAAGUUGCCAGAAGAAAAUGUUCGCAUUAUACGUUUCUGCAGACCACUAAUUCAUUUCAUUUGCAUGUUUCAUACGUAUCAUAUGUCUAAACUGAUAUAAUAUAUGAGCUGACUUGACUGUCAUUGGAAGGUGGAGAGGAUAGUGGAUGGCAUGACACCCACAGGUGAGAUGCCUGCUAAGCUGCAGAGCACUCAAGACCACUGUUCAAGGACAAGAAAGCUUUUUAGCAACCUGUCAAGGCAUUCCCACCAGUGUUUACGGCACUGAACCUGGGUGUUUUAGCAGCACAUUGCAAUGUUUCCCAGUGGCAUUUGUGGCUCUGAAAGUAAGUGAUUUUAGUAGCACAUCCCAGUGUUUCCCUCCCCAAAUCUUGGUGUUUUUCUCUGACUUGUCCCUGCUUUCCAGCUACAACUUGUUUGCCACCGAAUGUGGGCCAAACAUUGUAAGCCAAAAUAUAAUCUUUUCUUAACCAUAACCAAAUGGUUUUUGUGCCUAAACCCAACCACACCCUCCCCACAGCUUUGUUGAGAAAGUUUCAACGUAUCUGCUACAAUAUAAUGUACAAAUCCUAAGUGCUAAUAUCGUAGGCAACUGGACUGCUACGAAGUUGCAUAUACCAGAUCCACACCCUGUGUAGGUGGGAACCCUUGCAGAGUCGUCGUCGGGUUCCCACCUACACAGGGUUUAUAGCCUGCAACUUCGUACCAGUCAUUUAGAACUGAAGAAGCUUCUUGGAUGAGAGGCAAAAUGUCUUCAAGAAACGCAAGUAAGUCCAGUUGCCUACGAUGUAGCACUUACGAUUACCAUGACCUGGAUGACUGAGAAUCUUCACCAACAUAAUGUACAAAUGUAUUGUAUUUGUGGUUUGCAUAAAUGUAAAAAAAAUUUCCAGCAAUCCUGCCAAUGGAAAAUCUAACAUUAGUACUAGUAAUAUUGUUACUCUUAAUUGCCAUCAUUAUUAUAAUGAUAAUAAAAAUAGAGUUUAUGAAAGCAUACUUUUAUUUAUUUUAAUUGAGGGUAAAUAUACAUAAAACGUUCUCAGCCAGCAGAAUUUAAUUCAUUAAAGUGUACAGAAACUUUUUUUUUUAAAUUUGGAACUUGAUGUUGGAGAACAGGAAAGAGGGUAGAACCAGAGUGAAAUGUGAAGAGAGGCUGAGUUUGCUGAGGAAACUAAUGUACUCUACUGUGUAAUGUACUGUGUAGUUGUGACUGGAAAAGUGUUAUAAAUACAGUAAAGACCUCAAUGGCAUGUGUGUCACGAGGACUUUUUAGUCAGUACAUCCUUGAUUUCUUUCCUUUCUUUGCCACUCCUGGAAAUUGUUUUUCAUCUGCCACCAUGGAGGAUCAUCCAAUCCCUUAUAUACAUAUAGACAUAAGGAAGAGACAUGAGUGAGGGAAGCAAGUAGAAAACACACACACACACACACACACACACACACACACACACAGGGGACAAACAGAGGCACCACAUUCUUUUAAUCCCAAAGCAUUUCCAGACUUGGAAAUUUUUUUUCUUAUUUCAUAGCUUUUCCAGGAAUUUCAUGACCGUGGGAACCCUGCUGACAUCCCCACCCAUCUACACACCUGUUCCCAUUUUCCUCAUCGGCCCUACUGUUUGUAGCCGGCUCUUUUCCACACACUUCUUUUUCCAGCGAGAGUUUCAAAGUUGCCAUGUGCCUCAUGCCUUUGCUUUCUAGCAUAAUCUGUCUAUUAUCUGUCACCUGUUUCCUACCUGCCUGCCUGACAUUCUGCCUGAUCCUUUGAUUCUUUUUUAACGCUUUUUGAAAAGUUUGCCUGUUCAGAGUGCCCUCCUGGUGUUGACCCAUGUCUGACACAGAAUUCUGUAAGCCUGUACUGUCUCUGGU